GCCACACAGAGCGUCAUCAGGCUGAGCUGAAGCCCAAGGGAGCGGCGAAUGCUCCGUCAUCCUGUGUGCGCCGCCUUGGACAUGGCAGGAAUGACAACUGACACUAUCACCGCCAACUUCGCCAUGGCUCGCUAGCUAUUCCCGUCCAACACUCUCCCUGCGGCCAUCCCACCAUGUCGACGACUUCGCGAAAUGGCUCGGUCCGCUCGACCCACACCACGCAGUCAUCUAUCAACACUGCCGACCGGCUUGAGGCUCUGAUUCCGGGCGCGUUUCCUGAUCUGCGCUCCUCCACGAGCCAGGCAUCGCUCACCACCCAGCAAGUCUCCCUCCAGCAGAUACUGUACGACCGCCGAGCCGAGUACACCCGCUCCCGCAAUGUCCGCAUCAAGAUUGGCGCGUGGAACGUUGCUUCUAACAAGGGGACCGAGCAAGAUGUGGGAGCAUGGUUCGUAAAGGGCAAAGGCGUCGAGAAGGCUCUAGCCGGCCUUGGGGUCUCUGAGCCAAGGCGCAAGGAAGGAAAGCUCAAGGAAACGGUCGACGACCAAGAGUCAAGAUUCGACAAGCACGCGCCCUCAGUGCCUUGUGGCGACCUAGGCUCUGUGCCUGGUGACGAUGAGAUCGACUUGUAUGUGCUUGGUCUGCAAGAGAUAGUGGACAUCACCUCUGCAGCUGAGGCGCUGAAGCCUUACACCGAUCCCUCCGUGGCGAACAAGUGGAGGGCUUCUCUGGAGGCAGCUCUGCCCAAAGGCUAUCGGGUCGUGGCAGAGCAACAACUGCUUGGUUUGUGGUUGGUCAUCUACGCCUCGCCUGCACUCUUCCCGCAAGUCAAAAACGUCAGUACGACCAGCGUUGGUACCGGACUGAUGGGCUACAUGGCGAACAAAGGUGCUGUAACCGCGCGAAUCGUUCUGGGCGAGACCACCCGCCUUGUCUUCAUCAACUCGCACCUGGGUGCUGGAGCAGACAAGGCAGCUUUGGAGCGACGAAUCUGGGACGUUGCCCAAAUCACACAGCGGACGCGUUUUUCGCCGAUCGUGGAUGCCAUGGGAACUUCUCAGAACCAGGGUGAAGGCCUUGGAGAUGAGGAGUUUGCUUUCUGGUUUGGCGAUCUGAACUUCCGCAUCGAGGGCAUGCCAGGCGACGAUGUGCGUCGCCUGCUCACUGUGCACACGAAAGACAUGGAUAACGAGUCUUCCGCUUCUAGUGACUUGGGCUCUGCUACCGGGAAUUCUUUGAACAAUAUGGAUGAUGCCGUUCCACUCCCGCCCGAGCUGGACCCUGCCUCGCUGCAGACGACCAUAUCCUGUUUGCUUCCUCACGACGAGCUGCAUCAGCAAAUGAAGUCAGGCAGGGCUUUCUACGACGGCUGGGAGGAAGGUCCAAUCAGAUUCCUGCCAACUUACAAGUACGACGUGGGCAAAGUCGGCGUUUUUGAUAGCAGUGAAAAAGCCAGAUGCCCAAGCUGGUGUGACCGUAUCCUCUAUCGGACACGAGCCUCAAAGCAACGGUACGAUCAGAAAGUCAAACAAGACGCAGACGCUCGCAAGCGUGAUGAGGAGAUGAAGAAGUUGGGAAUGGACAUGCCGGGGACCAGCGAUGUACUCUUUGACUAUGAUCCUGAAACGGACGGCUACAACGGCGACUACGACGAGAACGAAGACAACCAGCAGGACCCUGAGCCCGAACAGAUCACCACCAAAGAUGGUUUCUCCGAAGAACUUUUGCUCGAAUACUACACGAACCACAUGCGGGUGCUGUCAUCGGAUCACAAGCCGCUGGAUGCCGUCUUCUCGCUGAAAUUCGAUGCUGUAGUAACAGAACUCAAGGCUGCAGUUCACAGCGAAGUGGCCCGAGAACUGGAUCGUCAGGAGAACGAAGGACGGCCUUCCAUCGCCGUCGUAGUUGAGCGUGCAACCGGCUCCUCGCCAUCAGCCGACAAGGACGCGACAGACAGCAGCUUUGACGGGGUAGACUUUGGCGAUGUCAAAUUCGCCAAAUCAAAACGAAGGAACAUCACGAUUGCAAACACAGGCCGUGUCCCUGCCACCUUUGGCUUUGCAGACCGGCCGAUUGAGGAAGACCAAGACUCCGGCCCCUUCCCCUCCUGGUUGAGCGUCACCUUUGACAAGGAGCCAGAUGCGCGUUCCAAGUCAGGCCCUGAUGAUAUCCAACAACACUACACACUUCAGCCAGCCGAAGUCAUCAACGCUGAGCUCAGACUCAAGCUCAAGGAUGUUGGCUCCGUACGCAACCUGAACAACGAGACGCAAGGCCUCGAUGAAGUCCUCGUCGUCCGCGUCGAGAAUGGUCGCGACCACUUCCUCCCUCUCAAGGGCCACUGGCAGCCAUCAGUUCUCGCACGCACAGUCGAUAAGCUGAUCAAGAUCCCCGAAGGUGGAAUCAGGAAGCUGCAAAACCAGAGCCCGAGCGCGAGCGAAACGAAGACCUGACCGAGCGCGCGCUUGCGGAAUGGGAGAUGACCAAAGCCUCAGACGCCGACCGCGCGCCAUGGAUGGACAACGCGGGCU